AUGAACCCCCAAAUCACCAACCUGGUCAUCAUCCUCGUGAUGAUGCAGGCCAGCAAGAAGAUUCCCUUCGACGAUCCGAAUGUCCUGAUGGGUGUGCGCGGGCUGUACGUCCUCAGCAAUGUCAUCAUAUUCGGCAUCUACAUGUAUGUCAAGAUGCAGAUUGACAAGAAGAGAGACAUGACCGUCCUCAAAUACGUCGAACCAGCCCCCAUGGGCAGCACGGAAGAGCCCAAAGCCGUCACGACGACCGUGCACGCCUACGACCAGCAACAACUCAAAGGCCUGCUCAAGUCCCAGCUCAUGGGCGUCGGCAUGAUGGGCGUCAUGCACCUCUACUUCAAGUACACCAACCCGCUGCUCAUCCAGUCCAUCAUCCCGCUCAAGGGCGCCUUCGAGGGCAACCUCGUCAAGGUCCAUCUGUUGGGCCAGCAGGCGACGGGCGAUCUCAAGAGGCCGUGGAAGGCGAAUAAUGGCAUGGCUGGGCUGAUGGGGCAGGGUUCUGGGGAGAUCAAGACGGAUAAGAAGAGUGUUGAGGCGGCGGAGAAGGCUGGUCGCGGGGGUGUUAAGGAGGAGUAG